GCCUGAUCCAACUUUUCAUACCACUAUCGAUCAUAAAUUAUUGUAUCACUUACUCAACAUACUCCCGCCGAAGGGUAAUAAACUGCUAUCUUUAUAACUCGGUACUACUAGUGUGGUGGGAGCAGGCUGCUAGCCGAUUGGUUGGCACUAAUCUACGUUAAGGUCUAGGUCACUAAUAUGGGCCGUGAGAAAAUAUGAACAAGGCUGAGUCAACAACCAAUCACAGCAAAGUUAACGUGGCAAAAUAUGAUUCGCAGAUAGAGAACUCUAUUUGUCAAGGAAUCCCGAAACAACCAAUCAGAAGCCUGCGUUUGUCUACCUAACUUCUGAUAAACAACCAAUCAGAUGACUGCGCUUGUCUAUAAUAAUGUAGUUGAAAUAUGUAUAAAUACGUGUUGAUUUUCAUAAUAAAACGAUCUGUUGCCUGGCCCUUGUCUUCUGUUGUUACAUUUGGUGUCGCUGCCUACCGACAAAUGAAAAGCCUAUACCCUGCAGUUUUUGAUGGAGACAUAUGGAUCUUCGGGCAGGACUUCAAGGCUUCUGCGCAGUUGAGUGGCGUUCAAGAUCUGUCAGCGAUGGAGCUGCUACUUGGGACGCUGCUGGGAGGUCGGGUGAAAGCAGCAUAUGAAAGUGUGAGCCGAAGUAUGGACGAAUGUUCGACAGGGUCAGGCAAACAGUUUCCAAAGUGGGAAGGACCAUAUAUGGUCACUUCGAGAUGGGGUUACGCAGACACAGUCGCAAUGGCGAACAAUAAGAGGCGCGUGAACGUCAGCGAGCUCCAGAAAUGGAUACAGCGAGACAAGCCAACGAUGACGCCUGCACCAAGUAGAUCAAGCCGACUUCAGUCGCACGUAUUUGACGGGGGGACGUGUGUGGUGAGAGCAGGCUGCUAGCCGAUUGGUUGGCACUAAUCUACGUUAAGGUCUAGGUCACUAAUAUGGGCCGUGAGAAAAUAUGAACAAGGCUGAGUCAACAACCAAUCACAGCAAAGUUAACGUGGCAAAAUAUGAUUCGCAGAUAGAGAACUCUAUUUGUCAAGGAAUCCCGAAACAACCAAUCAGAAGCCUGCGUUUGUCUACCUAACUUCUGAUAAACAACCAAUCAGAUGACUGC